AUGACGUUAACAGUUUUUACUGUCUUUUUGAUUGUCGGAACGCAGGCUAUUAAGUUAGAACUAGCCGAGGAAAAAACGCCAUACAAUUAUGUGAAACAAAAACUUGAUUCGAUGCUAGUUGAUGCGAGAAGUGGUAUGCCAUUAUCGAGUUCGUAUGAAGUCGAAGAAAAUGCUGACUAUCCAGAAGAAAUUAAAGGGGCAGCUUCCACUAUUCACAAUGCUGUCUCUGGUGUAUACGGCCAAGGAAUUGGUCUCGGUGGUAUAGGAGGAAUCGGAUUAGGACAAGGAUUGGGUAUUGGUCUUGGCGGUCUCGGGGGUGUUGGUGGGUUAGGUAUUGGAGGAAUCGGUAAUGGCAUAGGCCUCGGUGGUGUUGGUGCCGGUAUUGGAACUGUGAAUGCUAUCGGAGGUGCAGGUUUGGGAAACGCAGGCAUUGGAGUAGCAAAUGGAUUUAUUCAUCCUGGCUUAGGAGGUAUUGGGGUUGGUGGAAUAGGUGUUGGAAAUGGUCUUUUAUAUCACCCAGUCUUAGGAUCGCAAGUGCAAGGUGGAUAUGUUGAUAAAAACGCAUACGAUGCUGCUCAGAAAAAGGGAGCCGACCACAACGUUGAAAAAUUAGAAAAAAAAUCUGAAGAGGAAGUUAAGCAUGGUCAGGAAGGGUUUCAACAAGGUGCUGCAGCUGCUAAGGCUGAAAAGGGAGAGUCGAGCUUUUUCAAAGACGAGGAAGCAAAGAAAAAGGCUGCAGGAGACGAAAAGUAUUAUGAAGGCGGACAAAAAGUGAAUAAACAAGGUGCUAAUGAGGAGCAAGUAAAAAAAGCAAAGAGCCACAAGAAGGGACACGUAAGCAAGGGUUUCAAGUCAUCUAGUAGCAAGAAUGAAGAAGAGAAGUCUGAAAGCUUUUAUGACGAAGCUCACGACGAAGCCGACCACAAAAUUGCUGGACAAAAUGCUGGCUCCUUCGGUGAAAACUCUCAACAAGGAUUCAAGGGCGCUCAUGAAGAAAAAGUACUUGAUGCCAAUGCGCAAGGAAAAGAAGGGCAUCAUAUAUCCGAACAAAAGAUUGAUGACGCUAAAGCUAAUAAGGGUGAAUUUCUGCAGAAGGGCUAUAAGGGAGGAGCAGAGCUGCUAGAGAAAUUCAAUAACCUGGGUGCCCAAGCUGUUCAUGGCCACCAAGAAGCAAGUGGUGGAUACCAGCAGAGCAAGGGAAUUUUGCCCAUACACUAA